AUGAAUUCUGAAGACCCAAACGCUCUUUCAGCUCCACCGGGUAUCCCGUUCCCAGUUCCAUUGCUAACUCCGAAGCAAGAGCCUCGUGACGAACCAGCUCAACAUGAACAACAACAGCAGCAACAACCGAACCUGAAUGAUCUUCCGAGCCUCAAUCUUAACCUAAAUCUUAACCUCGAUGAUAUUUACGAACAAGAAACCCUACCCGACGGGUUUUCCAACUUUAACCUUAUCUCAGAGGCUUUCCGAACCGGGUUCACUUCAGGACUACAGCAGCUCGAAAACGACUUCGUUGAUGAUCCUAAUUUACGCGCCAUCGUUCCGGUUCCCGAGGCGCGUCAGAGUUACGACAACAAUGGUCCGCCGGGGGCGGGGGAAGUUGCGGCGCAGAGGCUUCAACGGCGUUACAAGGAGCUGGUUCGUGUGGCGGAUCUUGGUUUAGCGGAGCAGCGUCAGUUUCGGGACCUUGUGAGAAGGACGAGAAUGGUUUACGAUUCACUUCGUGUUUUGGCUUUGAUUGAGGAAGAGAAGAGAAGUGAUGUUCGGAAAGUGAGAAGCGAUCUGAGAGCUUCUGCUUUGAUGAGAAACCGAGGUUUGUGGCUGAAUCGCGAUAAGAGAAUCGUUGGUCCGAUUCCUGGUAUUUGUAUUGGUGAUGUGUUUCUUUAUAGAAUGGAGUUGGUUGUGAUUGGUUUACAUGGUCAACCGCAAGCUGGGAUUGAUUAUUUGCCUAGUAGUAUGAGUUCGAAUGGUGAACCGAUUGCUACUAGUGUGAUUGUUUCUGGUGGAUAUGAGGAUGACGUCGAUGAAGGCGAUGUCAUUAUCUAUACUGGUCAUGGUGGUCAGGAUAAGAACUCAAGGCAGGUUUUUCAUCAGAAGUUGGAAGGCGGGAACCUUGCUAUGGAGAGAAGUAUGCAUUAUGGAAUUGAGGUUAGGGUUAUUCGCGGUGUUCGGUAUGAGGGUUCGUCUUCGGCUACUGGUAAGGUUUAUGUUUAUGAUGGUUUGUAUAGGAUUGUCGAAUAUUGGUUUGAUAUUGGAAAGUCUGGUUUUGGUGUUUAUAAGUUUAAGCUUUGGAGGAUUGAUGGUCAAGCUAAGAUGGGUAGUUCGAUUCUUAAGGAGGCUCUUAUGCUUAGGAGGGAUCCUUUGUGUUUUAAACCUAUGUGUGUUUUUUCGCUUGAUAUUUCCAAUAGGAAUGAGAAUGUUGGUGUGCGGCUUUUUAAUAAUAUUGAUAGGAGUAAUGAUCCCAUGUGUUUUGAGUAUCUUCCGAGGGCUACUUUUCCGCCGUUUGUGUUUCAUCAGAGUGGGAGGGUGACUGGUUGUGAUUGCGUGAACGGUUGCGUCGAAGGAUGCUUUUGUUUCAUGAAGAAUGGGAACGAGUUUCCUUAUAGCCAAAGUGGGCUUCUCUUGAAAGGGAGACCGUUAGUCUUUGAAUGCGGUCCUUUUUGCCGUUGUCCGCCUCAUUGUCGUAACCGUGUUACUCAAAAAGGGCUAAAAAAUAGGUUGGAAGUGUUUAGAUCUAAGGAGACUGGUUGGGGAGUUAGGUCUUUGGACCUUAUUCAAGCUGGCGCUUUUAUAUGUGAAUACACUGGGGUUGUUUUGACUAGGGAGCAAGCACAGAUUCUGAUCAUGAACGGUGAUUCAUUGAUAUAUCCGAAUCGGUUUUCGAAUAGGUGGGAAGAAUGGGGUGAUUUAUCUUUGGUAGACCCGCUUUAUAAGCGCCCGACAUAUCCAUCAAUUCCUCCUUUAGAUUUUGCUCUGGAUGUGUCGAGAAUGAGGAAUGUCGCUUGCUACAUGAGCCAUAGCUCAACUCCAAAUGUGCUGGUUCAGUUUGUUCUAUAUGAUCACAAUAAUUUGAUGUUCCCACACCUUAUGCUAUUUGCAAUGGAGAACAUCCCUCCAAUGAGAGAGUUCAGCCUUGAUUAUGGGGUAGCUGAUGAUGAGUUGACUGGCAAGCUCGCUAUAUGUAACUGA